AUGGAAGGCAGAAGAUCUAAGUCCGCUUCUCAAGAAACUACCUACAGAAACUUCUUUAGACUAGUAGCAAUAGCUUUAGCAUUUAUUAGUUGUAUUCACUUUGGACGUGGCAUUAGAUUGGUUGGCUACGACAUUAUCAUUGCGAUGGAUGGGCGUGAAAUGCGUCUGGAAUAA